CAAAAGAGCUAUGCAGACAAUAGAAGGAAAGACCUCCAGUUUGAGAUUGGUGAUUGGGUAUUUCUGAAGUUAUCGCCUUGGAAGGGUGUAGUGAGAUUUGGGAGGCGAGGAAAACUAAGUCCUCUCUAUAUUGGGCCUUAUGAGAUUGUGGAGCGUGUAGGCCCAGUAGCUUACAGGCUUGCUUUGCCUUCAGAUCUUUCCCGGUUGCACGAUGUAUUCCAUGUUUCGAUGCUCCGGAAGGACAUUUCUGAUCCUUCUCAUAUUUUGGAAGAACAACCAAUAGAAUUUCAAGAAGAUUUGACUUAUGUAGAGCAACCAGUUCAGAUUUUGGAUUGGAAGAUGCAAGUAUUGCGUUCGAGGGAGAUCCCACUUGUGAAGGUCUUAUGGAGAAGUCAUAAUGUGGAAGAGGCCACAUGGGAACCUGAGGACCAAAUGCGGGAACAGUACCCUUACCUCUUCGAAUAA